AUGAAAGCUGCAUUAAAUGAAAUAAUGAAGGAAGGAGGAGGAGAGGGAGGGAAACAAAAUAAUGAAGAUAAUAUACAAGAUAAUUCUAUGGUUUUAACCGUUAUUGAAAGAAAUCAAAACAAAUCCGAAGCUAAAUUUGGCCAUCACCAUUUACCCGCUGGAGAACAAAAAGAUUCAGCUACAUGGCCAUGGCAACUUUGGCCUUUUAUGCAUUGCUUAACUUUAGAAUGUAUUUGCCCUUUAUUUAGAGGAGACGUUUCUGGUAACCAAUGUAUUUUACCUAAUGGAAAACCUUUACAAAGAGCAAUUCGAAAAGAAUUUCGAACUUUUAAUCCUGAAGAAAUGGCUUUGUUUUUGGAGACUAUGAGAAGAUUUAAAAAGAGUGGAUAUUACUCUCGUUUGGGAAUGAUUCACCGAAGAUCAGGUGUCCAUUCAGGUCCUUCCUUCUUUCCGUGGCACAGAGAAUUUCUUAAAAGAUUAGAAAUUGUUUAUCGUUCUUUUCACCCUGAAAACACAGACCCAGUACUUGGACUUCCUUACUGGGACAGCUCUUUGGAUGGGGGGCUUCCUGCACCGGAAGAUUCAAUUAUGUUUAGUGAUUAUUUGCUUGGUGAAGCAGACGAUUUUGGUUUUGUGACAAACGGGCUUUUUGCUAAUUGGACAACUAUGGAUGGAAGACAUUCAUUUCAACGAAUGUUUGGAGAUCAGGAAGACGGUGAAUUUUUCAAUGAAGGCAGAAUUGAUUAUGUGCUUUCACAAACUAGUGUAGAUAAAGUUUUGACAUAUUCUUUACCUUUACAUACUUGUGUUAAUUAUGAAUUAGAUGACCGUUUUCUUGAAUAUUCACAUGAUUAUGUUCAUUAUUUUAUUAGUGGAGAUAUGCAGGAACGUUUCAGUUCAAGCAAUGAUCCUAUCUUCUUUAUGCAUCAUGGUUUUGUUGACUCAGUUUGGGAAAUGUGGAGACAAAAAAGACAAACCAGAUUUCAGCGAGAACGUGACUAUCCACGGGAUGAUGGGGAAUGUAUGCCAGAAUGGCACUUUUCUGAUGCCUUUAUGCCAAUGCUGCAACCUUUACGAAAUCUGGAUGCCCUUUCUAAUAAUUAUACCGAUAAUAUGUAUGAGUAUGCUAAAAGGCCUUCCUGUCCUAAUGGAGACUCAGAGGAAUGUGGAAAUACAAAAUUUCUUUGGUGUGAUCUAAAAACAAAUAUUGGGCACCCAGUUUGUUUAGCUAAAGUUAAGCCUGGUGGAAAUUGUAAAGGAUUUGAAUGGUCUACUGAAAUUUGUUAUAAUGGACAGUGUUUAGAAGGACGGUGUACUCGGGUACUUGAACAACAAAAUAAAAAAUAUUCAAAAUAUGAAAAACAACAAAAACAAAUUGAUAAAGUUUAUGAACAUUGGCACACAGAAAGUUUUAUGAGACGAUAA